UUUGGCUUACAGUUCAUAGAGGUUUCAAUGCGAGGCUGGGAUGGCAAACAGGCAUCGCAGGGGAGAAACAACAUGGCACGCACAAGGCAGCAAAGGUAACAGCGCAAGAGGUGGGUCUUUAAGGCUAAAAUAUAAGGUAGGAAGUCCGCCUGAGAGUGAGCUACAUCCCGGGUUCCUAAGAUUUCGUGGUACCGGGCUCCAGCACAGAUUGAAUUCAGAGCCAGAAGUCACAGUUCAGUGGUGUGUGGUGCUUGUUCUAAUGUGCUGUUACUGUGAGCAAGCUAGGUGGGCUGUUAUAUUCUGAGAAAUCCCUGCAGACACUUUAGUGAUGAUGCUUUUGAAGUAGGCUGGGAGAAUGAAUACAUUUCCUAAAGCAUUUUGCAGUGCUUACAGGGGGCUGUAUAGGGAGCAGAUUGGUAUCAGCCUGUUUUCCUCCCGAGUGGGGGUGGGGUGGGGCUCCUGUGUUUUGGAGCUGUUUUAUAGGUUGCUUUUAUUAUUAUUACAAUCAAAAUGAAUAUCAUAAACUCCUGAGAAUAUGGGCCACUGGAAAAGCAAACCUUUUUGGGUUUGGAUCUUAGAAUUCUUAACUCUGUUUUCACCAAAGAUUUAAAAUAGGUGCCAGGGAUUUAGCUCAGUGGUUUCGCCGCCUGCUGCGCAAGCGCAAGGACCUGAGUUCGAUCCCGGUACCAAAAAAAAAAAAAAAGGUUUGAAUGUUAGUAUGUAGCAAGACAGACUGGGAGAAUGAGGCCCUUUCAUGAUCCUGGGUCUCAGCUUUAUUUUUCCAUGAUCUCAGGUUGCAGUUAACUUUUAUUUUCAAUGUGUAGGACCUAUUCCUUCUGUGAAAUUAAUCUUUGCUGACAUCUUUCAGUAAGUACUGGACCUGGGUUGUAAACAUAGAUUAAUUUACGAGGUCAGUGCAUACUCAGUACAUCUGUGCCUUAAGUGCAUUUCAGCAAUUGUGUUUGAGGAUUUAAAACCAAGUUUUUGUCUUUGAGAAUGUCGAAGUCUAUAAUGGAGCAGCAUAUACAGUGUGUACAUGCUAGGUAACCAUAAUCUACAGUGUUGCUGGAAAGCAGAUUUCUUCCUGAAUUGCCCCUAAUUUAUUUACUUAUUUAUUUAUGAGACAAGGUCUUGCUGUGUAGUUUAGGCUGGUCUUGAACUUACUAUGUAGCCCAGGCUGGCCUUGAACUUGCAGUGAUCCUCCUGGCUCAGCCUCCUAUGUGCUGAGAUUACAGGCGUGCACUUUAGUCAGGCGUGCCCUUUAAAAAACAGUUGGGGUUGUAUUGUGACAUAAGGGUUUUGGAGGAACAAAUACCAGGAUUUGCGUUUCAUGUAUUUGCAAGAAAUUUUCUGCUGAUGCCAAAGAGAAAUGACCCAGUGUAGACGCACAAGAGGGCAAAGGGGCGGUUACUAUUUCAUUCCUCCUAGCCCCACCCCCAUAGGUGCAGUGUGUCCCGCUUUCUUUUCUUCCCAGGGGACACCUGUUGCAGCCCUGAGAGCUUUGAUCUUGUCAGCUGGGAGUGUGCUGGUCUUUUUUUUUUUUUGGCGGUACAGAAAUCGAACUCGGGACCUUGCGCAUGCGAGGCAGGCGAGGUGCCACUGAGCUAAAUCCCCGGCCCUGUGCUGGUCCUCUUUGGGUAGGCCUGCAGCAUUCACUCUCUGCUGGUGACGGCCACUCUCCCUUGCACCCUGGGAGCCAUGGCCUGACGAAUGCAGCCUCUUAAAAACAAAAAAAGCUGGGUAUGGUGUUGCACACCUGUAACCUCAGCACUCCGGGAGGUUGAGGCAGGAGAAUCACCAGCUCGAGCCAAGACCGGGCAACUUGGUGACUCUGACCUUUCUCAAAAUAAGAAAUGGUGUGAGCCAAAUUAAACUGCUCUUUCUUUUAAAAAUUAAAAGAAAAAUGCGUUGGGAACGUAGCUCAGUGUGAAGGACCUGAGUUCAGUGCCCAGUACCGCACUAAACCGAACAAAACCCAAAAACACCUCUUCAUCCUAAGAACGAGAGGUGUAGGUCGACGGACGGAACGUUUUAAGGCGCAGGACCGCUAGUCCCCGCUAAACCUUGUCACAGAGUUGUCUAGAAGCGUUUUCUUUAAACUGGAAAUCACAGUAGCUGUUCUAGAAGGCUCCAGCGUGGGGCCGGGCUCCUACAGCGCAGGCUCAGUGCGCUGCUAGGGUGUGUGCGUGAAGGGGAGCCGGUGGGGGCGGAGCCAUCCUUGCCUCCUGCCAGAUGGGGUGGGGCGAUCCGCGCUGCGAGCUGCCCUCAGUGCGCAUGUGCAGCCCCCACUCUAACGGACCGGGAGCCUGUGGGAGCCGGGGUAGCUGCGCGCCGCCCGACCUCGCCCCCGCCAUGGCUGGCGGCCAGGCUUGCCUGAGGGAACUCGAGGUGAAGGCGGAGGCUGUGGGCCCCGACGGGUCCCUGGAAGAGAGGAGCCGGGGCUCCUCCGCCCUGCCCGUGGGCUUCCUGGCGCCAGCCGACGAGGAGCAGUGCCGCCGCACCCGCCGGCAAUACCGGCAGCUGAUGGACAGCGUGCAGCAGCGGCGCGACGCCACCGUGAGCACGGCGGGCCAGGCGCUGGCCGAGGCGCUGGAGGAGGCGGACGCGCUGUUCGAAGGCGUGAGUCGCACACGCGAGGCCGCCCUCGACGCGCGGUUCCUGGUGCUGGCCUCAGACCUCGGCUGCGCCAAGGCGCGGCAGCUGAACUGUGACCUGAACGUGUUCAACCUGGCCGCCUUCUGGGAGCUGCUGCUGGCCUUCGCCGGCCUGAGCUGGCUGGAGGUGGUGCUUGAGCAGGGCCAAGGCGGCGACGGCGCGGGCCUGGCCUUCUGGGACGCCAUGCAGCGCGAGGCCACGGCGUGGGUGGCGCAGGCCGAGACCUUCCACUUCCUCCUCGGCCCCCUGAGGCUGGAGUCCCCGGCGCGGCAGGAGCGGCCACGCAAGGCGCCCAAAGUAGAGGGCGGCCCGGCCAUGCCCACCGAGCUGGCGCGCCUGGAGCUCGGCGCCCGGCAGGAGGCCACGGAGCAGCAGGUGGAGCGCACCCUGGGGCUGCUGCAGGCCUACUUCCGCCAGUGCCUCGGCCUGCCCGUGUCCUAUUUCGAGUUCGUGGUGGACCCCCACUCGUUUGCGCGCACCGUGGAGAACAUGUUCCACGUUUCCUUCAUCAUAAGAGACGGCUUUGCAAGAAUGAGGCUGGACCAAGACGGGCUGCCAGUACUAGAACCCGUGGAUCCAAGCCAGAUGGGUGAAGACGAGCCUAGCACCUACGGCAGGAAGCAGGAAGUUAUAGCCUUGACUUUACAGGACUGGGAGGAUAUCGUGGCCACGUUCAAGAUCUCCCAGGCCAUGAUCACAAGCUCAAGCUAAAGAUUUUCGUGGGGCAGCAGUCUGUUUUGUUUUUUGAAGCACGUACUGUAUCUCUUCCAAAAAGUAUUUUUGAGACCAUCUGAAAUUGUUUUUCUGUAUAGUGUGUUUUUCUUUGUAAUUCAUAAAGUCAUGAUCUGUUAUUAAACACUCACCAGCUU